AUGGACAAGGCGUGGAUGAGUAUUGAAGAUAGAUUUAUGUCUAAUGAGUAUGCAAUGGGGGUUAGCCAUUUCAUGAAUAUGGCUAAGGAGAAUGCACAAGGGGGCAUUGACAUUAGGUGUCCGUGCCGUAGAUGUCGUAACAUGCUCUUCCAGCCAAUAACCACAGUUGAGGAGCAUUUAUUUAUUAUAGGGAUUGAUCCUUCUUAUAAGGAUUGGAUUUUUCACGGUGAAGAGGAAGUGUUGGAUGUUAAUUCUUCAGAAGAAGGUGAUGAUGCCAGCGGCAAUGAUGCCUAUAUUGAUGAUAUGGAUGAGCUGCUGGAUGACAUUCAGGCUGGAGCUUCUAUGGAUCAGUCCGGAGGUUCGCAUAUACCUGGUAUUGAUGGUGUCACACCUGGUGGUUCUUCAGCAACGUUUUCAGAAUUGUUAGAAGAUGCACGGAGUCCACUUUAUCCAUCAUGCUCAUCGUUUUCAAAGCUUUCUUUUAUCGUAAAGUUGCUUCAUAUAAAGACUGUUGGUGGUUGGAGUGUUAAAUCCUUUAACAUGGUCAUCAAGCUCCUGAAAUCUGCAUUUCCUGACGCUCUUCUCCCUGACUCAUACAAUGAUGCAUGCCGAUUGGAACGUGGCCUGGGGUUUAAUUACACAAAGAUAGAUGCUUGUUUGAAUGAUUGUGUCUUAUUUUGGAAGGAACAUUCUGAUAAAGAGAAGUGCCCAAAAUGCAACACUCCGAGAUGGGUGUUAAGUAGUACUAAGCAAAAGAAAAUUCCACACAAAGUGCUCAGACAUUUCCCGUUGGUCCCAAGGCUGCAAAGACUAUUUGUUUCUAAUAAGACUGCCGGGGCAAUGAGAUGGCAUUCUACUGAACGCGUCAACGAUUAUAAUGUGAUGAGGCACCCUGCAGAUUCGAAGGUAUGGAAAGAUUUUGACGUGCAGUACCCUCAGUUUGCUUCAGAUCCUCGUAAUGUGAGAAUUGGGUUAGCGAGUGAUGGGUUUAAUCCAUUUAACAAUAUAGCUAAACCCUACAGUAUAUGGCCAGUGAUUCUUGUAGCAUAUAACUUGCCCCCUUGGUUAUGCAUGAAAGAUCCAUACCUCAUGCUUUCGUUGCUAAUUCCUGGCCCAAAAGCACCAGGCAACGAUAUCGACAUGUAUCUACGCCCUUUAAUUGAAGAACUGAAGUUUCUAUGGGAAGUGGGUGUCAAUACAUACGAUGCAUUUGCAGAUCAAUCGUUUCGAUUACAUGCAGCAUUACUUUGGACCAUUAAUGACUUCCCAGCGUAUGCUAAUCUUUCUGGGUGGAGCACAAAGGGGAAAUUGGCAUGUCCUACGUGUAAUGGUAGUACGGAUUCAUUGUGGCUGGUCCAUGGGCGAAAGCACUGCUACAUGGGUCAUCGGCGGUGGUUGUUGCCAGGGCACAGGUGGAGAUCUAAAAAAGCUGAAUUUAAUGGUAGUACUAACCAUCGCCCAGCACCUAUACAUUUGUCGGGAGAGGCUAUCUUGGAACAAUUGAGAGAAUUGCAAGAUGUACAGUUUGGUAAGUUAUCAAAAAAGAGGAAACGCACAGCCAAUGAGUUGAAUUGGACCAAAAAAAGUGUAUUCUUUGAGUUGCCUUAUUGGAAAUCCUUGGAAUUGAGACAUAACCUAGAUGUCAUGCAUAUUGAGAAGAACAUAUGCGAUAGCGUAUUAGGAACUUUGAUGGAUAUCGAGGGAAAAAGCAAGGACACAGCCAAUGCCCGUCGGGAUUUGGCCAACCUAGGCAUACGGAAAGAAUUACACUUACAGCAAGAGGGCGAUAGUUGUUCAAUGAGACUGGCGUGUUACAUGCUAAAUAAAAAAGAGAAGAGAUCUUUCUGCGAGUGGUUAGCAAGUGUUAAGUUCCCUGAUGGUUUUGCCGCGAACAUCGCCCGAUGUGUUAAUGUACGUGAAUCAAAGAUCUUAGGCAUGAAAAGUCAUGAUUCUCAUAUUUUCAUGCAACGAUUACUGCCAGUGGUGAUUAGUGGCUACUUAACCAGUGAUGUACGGCAAGCUUUGACUGAGUUAAGUUCAUUCUUCAAGAAAUUGUGUGCACGAGCAUUAAACAUUGAUGUUCUGCACCGCCUACAAACUGAUAUCUCUCUUAUUCUUUGCAAGUUGGAAAUGAUAUUCCCACCUGCAUUCUUCGAUAUAAUGGUGCAUCUUGCUAUUCACUUGCCACAAGAGGCAUUGCUUGCGGGACCUGUCCAGUAUAGGUGGAUGUAUCCUUUUGAACGGUAUCUAGGGAAGUUCAAGCGUUAUGUAAAAAAUAUGGCAAGACCUGAAGGCUCAAUUGCCGAGGCCUAUAUUCAUGUUGAGUGCCUUACAUUUUGUUCGAUGUAUCUCCAUGACAUUGAGACGACUUUUACUAGGGAAGAGCGAAAUGUGGAUGUCGGUCCAGACCAUACACCGGGUAGUAUGAGUGUAUUUUUUCAAAAGGUGAGACCAAUGGGUUCGUCCUCCACUGAUAGAUUGGAUGAUCAGCUAUUAGCAAAAGCUGAGUGUCAGCACUAUAACAAGAUUAAAGAAGAGGACCCCAGCAAUGUUGAUCGUAGGCACCAGACCGAAUUUGGGAAAUGGUUCAAGAACCAUAUUCGAGAAUUGCGUAUCUUGAAUCCAGAUGAAGUUACAGAUGAACUUUAUGCUCUUGCUUGCGGACCAGAUCCUUGGGUGGGAUCAUAUAGUGGAUGCAUCAUGAAUGGAAUUCGGUUUCACACAAAAGACCGUGAACAACAUCGACGCAGCCAAAAUAGUGGGGUGGUUGUUGCUGGGGUACAUAAGUCGAUGCCGGUUGAUUUCUAUGGUGUGUUGAAAGAGAUCCUUGAAUUACGCUACAUGGGGUGGCAUCUUGUGUACUUGUUUAAAUGUGACUGGUGGGACGUUGGUGAUCAUAGACGCGGCAUACGUGUAGGGGACCACCUUACAAGUGUGAAUACAUCAAGAAAGUGGUAUCAGGAUGAGCCUUUCGCCCUUGCAUCUCAGUGCUCACAAGUAUUUUAUUUAAAAGAUGAUAGUAUGGUGGGGAAUUGGCAAGUGGUACAAAAGAUAACCAAUAGGAAUGUCUAUGACAUUCCACCCGUCCAAACUGCAUUGGAUGAUGGUGAGGACUCCUCUGAAGGUGAUGCAUUUCAAGAGGAAGAAGCUAGUACUGAAGAUUUUUCGAUCAAUGAAAGUGAUACUGGCUUGGGAAACACAUUGCAUCGGGAGGAUGAAGAAGUAAUUAUUGUUAAUGAGGCAACUACGCUACCUCGUUCUACUCCCGACAAUGCCGACCAAACUUUUAUUGAAGAUGAUGUGGAUGGUGACGACUAUGGCGAUCAUCCCAAUACUGACCAUUAUGAGUCUGAGAAUGAGGACGACUCCCAAUCGAAUUCUGAAACAGAUUUUGAAUAA